AAUACCAUCCUCAAUUCUCAUUUCUCAUCAUCAACUCUUCUUCUUGUACAACUGAUCUCAACCUCCGUCUAGGCUUCACCGCUAGCGCGCCAUGGCUGCAGCUACCUCUCUCUACGUGUCGGAGAUGCUCGGAAGUCCGGUCAAGUUCAGCGGUGUAGCAAGGCCAGCUGCUCCUUCUCCAUCAUCCUCUGCUACCUUCAAAACUGUUGCCCUUUUCGAUAAAUUCAAAAAGAAAGCUCCUCCCCCUCCCCCUUCCAGAGCUAAGGCCGCUGCUAUCUCUCCUGCUGACGAUGAGCUCGCCAAGUGGUAUGGACCUGAUAGAAGAAUUUUCCUGCCCGAGGGUCUCUUGGACAGAUCAGAAAUCCCAGAGUACUUGAACGGAGAAGUUCCCGGAGACUAUGGUUAUGAUCCCUUUGGUCUCAGCAAGAAGCCAGAAGACUUUGCCAAAUAUCAGGCAUACGAGCUGAUCCACGCCAGGUGGGCUAUGCUUGGUGCUGCUGGGUUCAUUAUCCCUGAAGCCUUCAACAAAUUUGGUGCCAACUGUGGUCCUGAAGCUGUUUGGUUCAAGACUGGAGCUCUGCUUCUAGAUGGAAACACAUUGAAUUACUUUGGAAAGAACAUUCCCAUCAAUCUUAUCCUUGCUGUCGUCGCGGAGGUUGUUCUUGUUGGUGGUGCUGAGUACUACAGAAUUAUUAAUGGCUUGGAUUUGGAGGACAAGCUACACCCAGGUGGUCCAUUUGAUCCUCUAGGCUUAGCAAAGGACCCAGACCAGGCAGCAAUAUUGAAGGUAAAAGAAAUCAAGAAUGGAAGACUAGCCAUGUUUUCUAUGCUUGGAUUCUUCAUUCAAGCCUAUGUGACAGGACAGGGUCCUGUUGAGAAUCUGGCUGCCCACUUGAGUGACCCCUUUGGCAACAACCUGCUCACCGUCAUUGGUGGUGCUAGUGAAAGAGUCCCCACCCUGUAAUUUUCUUACAAGUUCUUUUUGGCCUGGAAUUGUACAAUUCUGUAAUACGUUUCAGAGCUGUAUGUGAAAACCAGGUUGUAGUUCAUGAAGACAAACUGUACUUAUUUUCAUAGAGCUCCUUCCGUGGCCACAUUAUUCGUCCUUCAAUAUUCUAAUCACAUAACGUUCGUCAUAUUCA